UACACAUAUGUUGCGUCACUAACGUGCGCCGACAGGAGGCUGACGAAAGGAGAUUUGGCUAAUUUACCUGAGAAGUCGGAGCGGAAGGCAUCAUCAUCCAGCAUUUAAACGCUGAACAUCAGAAGUAAAAACUGCAUGCUUUGCUUAAUAAUAUAAUAACACACAUCAGCCCGAUAUUAAUGUAGUUCUUCUGCGUUUAUAUAUAUAUAUAUAUACCGCUCCGCGUUGUUGCUAUGCGGUUACCCGCCGUUAGCAACAGUCAGACUCACGUUCCAGACACUAACUGGGGGUAACGUUGUUAGCUAGCACCCCAGCUAGCUAGCUAGCUAACGGGGAACAAAUGAAACCGGGUCCGGUGAGAGCUGCUCCGGGGGCCCGAGUCCACCUCUCUCCAGCUACAGAAGUGAAAGUGGGCUAACUUCAUCUCCUGGUCCACAAAACAACCGCUGCAACAUUUUGGCUUUAGCUGGGCUCAUAUCAGAUGGAGGACAAAUUCACUGCAGCGUUUCUAUCAGCUGAUUUGGAUAAUUCAGCUGCUAGGCCUUUCAUCGGACUGCUUUUGUAAACGUGGCAGCCAUGGCUUCUCGUAAGGUAGAUGAGCUGCCAGGUGACGCGAAGGACUUGGCUUCGACCUCCCGAUGCGGCGCCGAUGACAUCACAGAAGAGCCUCAAUCAGACACGAUGAAUGCUACGGUGAAGUCCCAGAAAUCUGGAAAAUUUAGGAGGACUGCCCUGACGUUUUUUGGAGUUCGUAAAAGCAUCUGUAUCUUACCAAGUUUCUUUGGAGGACGGAGUAAAAAUCCAAGCAAGUGGUCUAAGAAAGGACUGAAUAAAAGCAGAACGCAUGAUGGGCUAUGUAAGGUUAGUCGUGAUGACAAUCUGAGAAGUGGGUACACAUCAGCUGGAGAUUUUGAAUAUCACAGCCAGAGGGACUCUGCUGGAGCGCUCCACAGUAGCUGUCACAAUGAAUGUAGUCACCCCGCUGCUGAGCAGAAAUCACUGACUCUGACCCGGCAGAAGAGGGGUUUGAGGAGUCUUUUUCAAAGUUUUAAGUAUCACAGAAACCAUAGAAAUAUUGGAUUGGAUAAAUCUGAAAUGAUUGCCAUGUCCACUCCUCGCUGCAAGCAAGAGGUGCCUGUUGUCCAGGACAACACCAACCAGUAUGUCACAGAGUGCCUGGGAUCUGAACCUGAUGUGCCUGAUUUUGCAGAUGUUAUAUGUGAUAUUUCCAUCAGUCCUGAAUGUAUUGACGCUGAUGAGAUGCCAUCUGAGAAGAGUGUGGAGCAAGACAGCCCAAAAUCUGAGCUUGAUGGUGAGAUGUGUGACGAGGAAGUGGAGGAGUUGAAUUUGCUGGCCGUAGUCUCCAGUGAGCUGAAGGAAAGUUCUCGAGGACACAGCGAGCCUUGUCUGAAACUCCAGAUGAUGUCUGAGCCCUUACUGAGGACCGAAACACCUGCUGGCUCUUCAGAUCAACUCAACCUGAUUUAUGGAGAUGUUGCCUCAUUAAAGAGCUUCGAUUCACUCACCGGCUGUGGGGACAUUAUUGCAGAUCAAGAAGACGACAGCAUCACAGAGAGCACAGUUUCUGGAGAGAGGAGCAGGAAUGGAGGAAAGAGGGCCUCCUGUUAUCUCACCUAUCAGGGUGGUGGUGAAGAAAUGGCCUCACCUGAAGAUUUGGACGAGGAUGGGUGUCUGAAUGAUUUCUGGGGAAAUAACACGUCAGAGGAGAUUUGCUGUACUUGCAACCAAGAACACACAGAUUUGACUGCUGACCUGACAAGUUCUCACAAUAUGGACUUACUGAACAGUAACAGUGCGCAGCAGGCCAGCGGCAUGGACGCUUCUUCAAUCGCUGAUGUGUUGACGCCUCAAAGUGAGCAUCAGGAAUCGGUUCCAAACAGCGAUGAGGGCUACUAUGAUUCAACCACCCCGGGGCCAGAUGAUGCACAAGAAAAAACUGACAGACUGAGAGCAGAGAGGUUACCCAGAGACAGCUACAGCGGGGAUGCCCUCUAUGAACUCUUUGCCCCUGAUGAGAGCCUCAUCAGUCCACAUUAUGAGAACAAAUCAAAACUGCCCAGUUCAAAACCGUGUGAGUAUUUAAAUGAGCCGCUCGAUGUGACAGACUCUGCCUUUGUUCCAGACAUGAAUCGAUUACAAAUCAGUGCUGAGCUGUAUGAAGUUCGCGAUUUUCUAGAGAUGCCUGGCACGUGCUGCAAGUCUCCGGAGUUGGCACAGAAUGUAGCUGGUCGGCAGGAAAUCAGCAUGAAUAAAAACUGCAAUUUGAAUUCUAAACCACAAGCAUCAGGCAAUAAGAGUAACGCAGAACCAGAUGUGUUUGAUGAAAAGGGGAAUAUGCCUGCUUCCACUGAAAGGACAAAAUCCAUAAAUGCUGAUUGUGAGAAAAGGCACAGCAGCGUAUCUUUCGGAAGCACAUCUGACCCAGAUUUUGAGACAUUUUGUGAACCCAAAGAGCAGCAUCUUGAGGAAAACAAGCCUGUGGCUUUACCUUACAAGAACAUCAACUCUCAGUCUCCAGAUGAUAACAGUGAGUUGGACGAUGGACAAACUGUUUGUUUCUCUCAAGCACUUGUGGACUACACAAAACACUCUCAGAUGCUGAGUAACUUGCACAACAAUGCGGAUGAUUUGGAGACUAACUCUGCGUUGACUCAAAAUAUGCAGGCCUUACCAACCAUAGUCACAUUUGAUGUAGUGGACAUGCAUAAUGAGGGUGAAUAUGAUGAGCAGAUCCACAUGGAGCUGGAGGAGGACAUCUCAUCUCCCUACCAGGAAUUUGAAGAAAGCUACCUACAAAAAGAUGCGUUUGCUGAAUGUGACUAUCAAAUGUUGGACCUGUAUGAGCAGAAUCUGAUCAGUAAUACAUGGGCAAUUGCUAGUCUGCCACGGCACCUUGGCCUUACCAGAGUCAGCCAGUCCAUGCCGAAUGCGUUGUCUCUAGACAGAAGAAGUAGGUCUCUGGACACAGAGAGCCUUGAGUUGCAGAUGCCUGAUGCAUACAGAGAGAAAAGAGCUGCUUGUCCUCAAACUGAAAAGGACACUGAAAGAGAUUCCUCGCCAUAUUACAAAAAGAAUGUACUCGUGUCAGCAUCGGAGGUUAGAGACAGUAGCAGCAUUAUGGCCUUAUCAUGGCAAACCAGGUCAGAAAUGGCCUUAAGCCUUCCUCUGACAGAUGGGGAAUUCACUCAAAAGGAACAGAGUCUCAGUCAAACUCAAGUAAAACGCAAGAUAUUUUCCAGCUCAUCCAGCAGUGAUUGUCCUAACAGCGAACUUUGCUCCAAGGUGUCAGACAGAGUGUCCUGUGAUUUAGUUUCACACAACACAGAGCUGUACAACAGGCAGUGUCACCUUCCCUCACAGUCAAAUUCUUGUUUACCUCAUAGCACCUUUGUUUAUUCUGAAAUGAUGGAUGAUGAAUCAGAUUAUGUCGAUGAGGAAGUCUUUUGUAAAGCUGCCAGUAAUUUGCAAUCCUACAACCAGCGGGGUAAAAGCAGACCAGUGGCUAGUCUGGAAGGACUGUCUCCUGCUGGGAGUCCUCUGAAUGCAGGUGUGUAUAAAGAGGACAUAGCUGUCCUUGGUGAAUUAAGUCCACCCAGAGACGUGGCCUGCAACAAGUUCCCUGAGGCAACCUUUAAUUGAAAGGCUUCUGGGUUUUGAGAUCACGUGUAUGUGUCCAGAGGAGUCAUUGUUGCUUAAUUCUUCCUUGCACAACGUUAUCAUUUGAAUCAUUUGAAAAGUUGCUGUACACUGUGAGAGACGAGACAUGCAGUGAAAUAUGAAUCAUGUGUCUUGCUGCAUCAGAACAUAGCUGUCUCAUUGGGAAGUCAAAAGGGAUUUUCUGCAUUUGCACAGUAACAGUUGCUUGUUUCAAACAGGCCACAUACAUGUCUAAAAGUGUUUCGGGAAGUACUAUUUUCAUUUAAACUGCUCACUUAUUCAUCUCAUUAAGCUACUGAAUUCUACUAGAAUGUUUAUACGCAUAUGUAGCCUCAGUGUCCAGGUUUCAAUAGUAAUUCUACUUUUUAUUUGAUGGGUUUUUAUCCGCCUGAUUUCCAUAGCACAGCCAAACAGGGCUAGCCACGAACCACUUGUAUACUUAUGCUUUAAGUGCCAGCUUAUGUUUGUGUUUACAGCCUCUCUUUACUCCAGUAAUCUUUAUGUUGCUAUGACUUGAUGAUCAAAUUUACUGUUUCUAGUUGGUUCUUUUUAUGGUUUACCUCAUUUCAGGACAGAUUUUGUUUUGGAAAUGAUGAGAGCGUAUCUUAAUAGUUUAAUCCACACAAUAAAACAUGGCUCAAUACCUUCACAUGGUAUAUUUGAAAAACAUUAAACUGUUAUUAUAUUUGGCUUGAUCUCAAAACAUCUAGUUCCUCCUCUCAAACAAGAAUAUGAUAAGCAUGUAUAGGAAAUGUAAUGAUGGACUGAUAGUGCUUAUAUCUUAACUUUAGCUGCCACUUCAUUUACAUACUGUAGAUAGCUUUGCCAAGCAUAUCUACUUUAGUAUAUCUCACAUGCAAUUCCCCUGUGUAUGAAGGUGCUUUUCAUUAGACCAGAAACCAGAAACUGCCAGAGAAAAACAUAUGUAAAACGGUAGCAGAAAACAGAUCGGGGGGCUCGUGUAGUGCUUAAUCGUCUCAAAUUGACUUGUGGCCUGAUAAGCUGAUUUGGCCUUACUGUGGCUUUUUUGUUCUCAUUUUCCAACAACUUGACCACCUGUGAAGUUUAAAAUUCUUACUGAAAUGGUGCACUCCAUUAUUGCAUUACUAUAAGCUUGUGGAAUGAAACUGUAGUUUGAUUUUGUUCUGAUUUUUGAAACGUUAUGGCAAAAGAUAAACUGGUAUUUACCUUGUAUCAUUUUCUUGUGCAUUUAAUGUUUGAUCGGUCAGACAUUAAACUGUCAGAUGAUAUUCGUUUUUUUUUGAUAGUGUAAUAUUGAACAAAUGUCAAAUAUUUUGUAUUUAUAUUCUCAGCUAUUUGUACACUGUAACAAUGUAUUCAGAAUUACAAAUUGGAUUGGAUUGGAUUUAAUUUUGGAUUUUUUUUUUAUUGUGAAGUUAUACCCAUGUUACAUAAGGGGAUUCCUCUUGAAAAUCUGUUACUGUUUUGUCAGAGUAGAACACUGCCUUACACUAUAAUAAACAUGACAAUGACAA